CUAUCCGUAAAUAAAAGUCUCGUAUCCAUAGGAACGAGAUUGUGAAGGCGCUUUAUUAUGACGUAUUCUGAAACUUUGGGUUUUGAACGAUUUUGCGACUGUCCUCCCUCUGUUGUAACUUUAUUGUAUCAAAAAUCAUACUAAGCGAAAAUGCGUACGGAGUAYUUAACAUCACAGCUAUCUAUACGAAAUAAAAUGCAUUUAUAUAUUCAGCUUUAACGCAGUUUCAUUCAAURCAGCAGCAAAGGAAGCGGUGUAGAGAAGCCCUUAACGAAUUGGAACGCAGCCUAAACGGCGCCAUAUUUGAAGCUCGAUUCGUUCAAAUUUUGUUUUGCGACGUCAACUCACUCCCUGCUGUUUCGGCAUUUGUUUCUAAUUGUUACUUCCAAGCCACAAAGCUGCGGUAAUCAUGGGUGUUCACGAUUUAUGGUCUAUCCUCGAGCCUGUUCGUGAGUCGGUUCCGUUGUUUAGUUUGAGCGGAAAAACAUUGGCUGUUGACCUGAGUUUAUGGGUGUGCGAAGCUCAGCAUGUCCAGGYUAUGAUGGGGAGGGUCAAGAAGCCCCACUUGAGGAACUUAUUUUUCCGCGUGUCGUCCCUCACACGGAUGGGGAUUAAGCUUGUUUUUGUCAUGGAAGGAGAAGCUCCCAAGCUCAAAGCAGAAACAAUGAGCAAGAGGACGGAAACAAGAUAUGGAGGUUCUACCAGAAGCACCAGCAGGGGGCGCUUUAACGCCGUCCUCAAAGAGUGUGCAGAGAUGUUUGACUACCUGGGUGUGCCCUGGGUGACAGCUGCCGGGGAGGCAGAGGCCAUGUGUGCUUACCUGGACUCUGUGGGUCUAGUGGACGGCUGCAUCACCAACGAUGGGGAUGCGUUUUUAUAUGGAGCCCGGACAGUGUACAGGAACUUUAAUAUGAACAGCAAGGACCCUCAGGUGGACUGCUACCAGACUUCACGAGUGCAAACCGAGCUCCAUCUGUCCAGAGAGAAUCUGGUUGGUUUAGCCAUUCUGCUUGGCUGUGAUUACAUCCCUAAGGGUGUACCAGGUGUAGGCAAAGAGCAAGCGUUGAGGCUUAUAGAGACACUGAAAGGGCAAUCGCUUCUGGAGAGGUUUAACCAGUGGAAGAUGGCGGACACAGAUGACCUCCGUGUGGUAAAGAAAGUUCCUCAUUGCAACAUCUGUCGCCAUCCUGGCCCAGCCAAGGCACACGAGCGUGGCGGCUGCGCGUUCUGUGACAGCCACCGAUUCUGUCAACCCCAGGACUUUGAUUAUUCAUGUCCCUGCGACUGGCACCGCUACGAACGGACCCGCCGGGCCUCGUCCCUGGAGGCAAACGUCAAGAGAAAAACACUGGCAAGUGAACAGUUCCCUUUUACAGAGAUCAUUCGUGAGUUUCUGGUUCCCAGGGAUGAGCCGGUGUCACAUUUCAAGAAAAGACAGCCGAACUUGUUGCUGAUGCAGAAAUUUGCCUUUGACAAGAUGGAGUGGUCAAAACACUACACGAGCCAGAAGGUUUUAGUCCUGAUGACCUACACUGAGCUGAUGAACAGGAAAUACAGGCGAGAUGCCCCCCCUCAAGUCAAGCCCAUCAGAAUACUUAAAGCGAGGGUGAGGAAUGCGGUCGCUUGCUUUGAAAUCAUCUGGAGCCCUCCAGAACAUUACGUGUUUCCUGAGGACCGGCCUGCAGCCGACCUUGAGGUGAGAACGGUGGAGGAAGAGUCUCUCUUUCGCGUCGCCUUCCCAGAGAUUGUAGAGAGCUACCUACGAAGCAAAGCUCUGGCCGAGGAGAACAAAACCAAAAAAAAGAAAGCAAAAGCUAAAAAGGAUCUUUUGGGUCGACUGACUCUUCAUAGCUCUUCCACUCAAAAUCUGCUCCCUUCCACUUCGAACGCAGACAAAGCAGAGGUGAUCGUUCUGGACACUCCACRGAGCCACAAGCAGCUUCCGUCUCGAGCCGAAUCAGAAGACGCCUCUUCACCUUCGGUCUCUGCCCUUAUUGAUGCUUUAAACCUGAGCGAUAUUGACUGGAACGCUCUGUCCUUYACAUCCUACCCUGCCUCACAAGCUGUAGAGCCGAAGACUGCCGAGGAUGAGACACAAGGUGGAACCGAAGAGCGAACCCCAUCGAGGGACGUCCAACAGGCAGACUCCAGAUCCGCUGUAGAGCUUUGCUGUCCCCUAAGAGACAGGGUCCUCAAGAAUCAGACAGAGAAGUGCAAUGAUGUGGUUUCAAAAGAUCUGAAGCUAAGUCUUCCUGGAAACAUCUCACGGGGAAAACACGGAUCAGUGAAAGAAUCGGUUCCAAACAAAAACCAAGCUCGUAGUUUAAAAGAGCAACAGAUUCCUUUAUUAGAAUCCCACAGCAGGAUGCAGGGUAAAUCUGAAAAACCUCACAAUUAUAAGUUUGUCAGGACGGCUCUGUCAUCCGCUCCUCUGCAGAGGUGCUCCUCUCAUCCGGAGAGURAAAACGCGAGUGUGCCGCCACCAAUCGCCAAGAAGAGCGUGUGCACCAGCGCGUGUUCGUCCAGCGAGGACAGCGAUGCAGAAAACCAGCCGUCUGGACCUCGAAGGCAGACAAAAACAAACAAGAGCGGCUUCAGCGCAGACUUCCCUCCGAAACCGAUUUCCUACCGAUUCCAAACGGUCGAAGCAAAUCUAAACCCAUUCCCCAAGCUUCAGGGAAUUGAACCGACGUCUCAGAGUCACGGGGAAAAGGUCGUUCCAGCUGAGAACAGAUGUGUGCGUGACGAGGAGCGUCUCCGGACUCCUGCGUCGCCUGUCGCCUCCUUCGACGCCGAUGAUUCGGUGGUUUGCGUCGACAGUCCACUGCCGCUGGCUGAAAGACUGAGGCUGAAGUUUCUGAAGUGAACACAUCCGGUUAAAUACCGAGACCUUUCCCUUGGCUUAAAAUGUUCUGAUCGAAUUUGUUUGACUUUUGAGAAUCACAUUUUAUAUAAUUAUCACUCACUUCUGAAGUAAUCAUUCUGUCGAUAAUGUUUCUGCUCGUUUCUCAUGAACCACUGGGUCAGUUUUAAUGARACUUGCAGAAARCGAUURAUAAACAUGCUUUGUAUCUGCGGCAUUGACUGUUGGAGUCGACCUGAUUCAUGUCAAGUUCAAAUCAYCUUAAAAAGCAUCGAUGUUGAGCUGAAUUUGGAUGUGGUAGUAGCUGAGCGUCAUCCGCAACAUGUAUUAUGAGUUUAAUGUUGCAUAAAAUUGUACAUUAUGUAUUUAAUGAGAGUUUAAUCUGAAACUCUGGCUUAAAAGGCAUCAAACAG